AUGAAGUGGCUGUACAAGGCGGAGCGCCCCUUGGCCGAGCGCGUGGCCGAGUGCAGGAGGAUCCGGGCCAAGUACCCCCACCGCCUGCCCGUGAUCGUCGAGCGGGCGGGCAAGACCCACCUCCCGGACCCGGGCCGGAAGAAGUUCCUGGUGCCUAGGGACUUCACGCUCGGUCAGUUCUACUACAUCGUCAGGAGGCGCGUCCAGUUAGAGCCCAAGGACGCCCUCUUCCUCCUGAUCGGCAGGAAGAUCCCGCCGGUGUCCGCUCUGAUGGGCGAGCUCUACGAGAUGCACCGCGACUCCCAGGACGGCUUCCUCUACGUGGCCAUCGCCGACGAAAGCAUAUACGGCGGGGAGGGAGGUGGCCUUACUCGCUGA